AAUUUUGAGGUGGCAAAAUAUAUGAUUUCAAGCAGAGGGAUGGACAGAGGAAGCUAUAUAGCUGGUCGAAGUGUUCAUAACCAGCGGAUAGAAAGACUAUGGGCUGAGGUCAACAGAGUUCUAUCUGCACUUUACAAAGGAAUCUUCAAACAUUUGGAAGAGAAUUCAUUACUUGAUUCAUUGAAUGAGGUGCAUCUAUUCUGUUUACAGUUCGUUUAUCUACCUCGAAUUAAUGCUUCAUUGGCUGAAUUUGUUACCCAAUGGAAUUACCAUGGGCUCAGAACAUGCUCUCACCAAACACUUAUGGCUAUGUGGCAAACGAACAUGCUGUUGGAGUCAGACGAAUCAUCAUUAAUAAAUUUUGAAUUGUAUGGAAUAGAUUUUGAAGGCCCAUUGCCAGACAUUAUCACAUCAAACAACAUUGUUGUUCCAAACUCUGAUGUGGAACUAACCGAUGAGCAGUUUCAGAUUUUGAAUGACCAAGUUAAUCCAAUGUCAAAUGAUGGCGAUAAUGGAAUCAACCAUUACUUGCAAGCUCUACAUAUUAUCGAGGACUUUCAAUUAAGGACAGUAGUCAAUGAUAAUGCAGAUGAUGAAUACAACAGAUAUGUAUGAAUAUAUCAUCGUUAAACUCUUU